AUGUCUCUUAAACGUGGAAAAUACUUGAUCUUCGACGAACGCGGCAACCUCAUUUCCCGUCUCCUCUAUGAAGACAAAUCAUUUGCUGGUCCCAAAGUGCCCAUUGUCAAGCAUGUCAGGCCUAUUCCGCCUGACCCUGCCACGUGGACAGUUGAACCACUGAUAGGAGGCAAACCCAACACAUACGUUUUGUCCAAUCGGGACGCUGCCACCGACGAAAGCAAUGGCUUGGUGUGGGCCAAUGGCGAUAGUAUACUCCCUCCACCUUCAUGGAUUAUUUUUCCUCUCCCUGGCAAACAUAACAGAUACUAUAUCACCCGAGAGGAUGACUCCGAGCGCCCAGGAGGAUCAUGGGUCGUUCCCGAGGGGGAUGAACAAGCUCAGAUUAAAUUCUUUUCUCCGAGUGUUCGACCAUCCGAGUUCCAGUUUGUUCACAUUUUGGACUGA